GUCAGAAAAUUUUUUAAUAUCUUUUCCCUUAAUUUUAUUUUCCAUAAGUGUUCUACAACACACAUUAUGGACAUUCGGAAUGUUAGGAAUCGUUGUGAUAACCAAACACGGAUGUUCCAGACCUUUUGACGACGGUGAUCCAAGGAAUGCCUAAAUACAUUGCAGAAGUGCAAUGGGCCAAUUCCACUAAAUAGUACAUUGCCAAAGGUGGAAGACGUAGUGGUUAUCCGGGGCGUGCAAUCUCAGCCCGUGUCAUGGCCUCUUGCCAUCAUAGAUGCUUUGCAUCCUGGGCCGGACAACGUUCCUCCUGCGGCGAUUGUUCAGACAGCUUCCGGCGUUUAUACUCGACUUGUGCCGCUGCUCCACGCUUCCAGUAAUUUAAAAGUCCUAUUUGUUACUGGUGUGGGAUCUUUAAUUUUGGAAAAGUGUGAAUUGUUUUAUAGUUUUUGAAAGCUAUUUUAAAGUUGUCAGAAGAGAGAAAUGUGUUUAAUUUAUGUGAUAGGCCUGAUAACUAACGGUCACUAAACACCACGCAUUUCUAUAGCAGAAAUUAUGUCUAAUUUGGUGGGCGGUAUGUUCGCGGCGUUUUUUUAGUGACGUUUUCGCCCUUAAAAUCUUAUGUGCCCCCUCAGCCCCACUCCGUUUUUCGUUCCUUUUGUUCUAAACAGUGAUAGUACCAUUUUUCCAUACGCCUUGUCGUUUUGGCUUCGCAUACAAUAUUUGCGAGAAAGAUAUCCAAGAUCACAGUUCAACUCAUAUCACACAGGGUUCGGACGGAGCCGUCAAGGUAUGCAAGGUCUAGUUAAAUUUACAUCUUUUCUUUGGCCAAAGCGUAGGGUGCAUUUUAGCUAGCCACAGCUCCUUGUGCCCGGUGCCUGUCGCAUGGGUCGAUCAAAGCGGGAGACGACGCAGCCACUCAACUUGGUGAUGAACUAACUAGCUGGGUUAUGCUAGAACGGCUGUGGGUUGUUUUGGUGGUCGUCGGCUACCUCGGAGCUGGAGGACUUCUUUUUCAGUUGAUCGAGCCGCCCCCACCAAACCCAAAACUUCCCAUCUCAAAGUACACCGAGAACUGCCUAAACCAACUGUGGACAAUAACAGAGAGACUUAAUGUUCUCUAUCAGCGAAACUGGACUCGCCUUGUGACUGAACAGCUGCGUCAGUUAGAAGUCAAUGUAAUCCAGGCCGUAAGGGCACAGGGAAGAGAGAACACCCUUGAUCCUGAUCUACAAUGGUCUUUCACUGGGUCGCUGCUCUAUUCUUUAACUGUAAUCACAACAAUAGGUUGCGGAAAUUUGGGCCCUAAAACAAUGGAGGGAAAGCUCGCCACGAUGAUCUACGCCCUCAUUGGCGUACCGCUCAUGUUGGUGUGCCUCUCCCACCUCGGCUCUCUGCUGGCCGACAUCAUCCAAAGUGCCUAUUAUUACGUUUGCUGCUGUUCAAAGCAGUCUAAGAACAAUGAGAGAAUGGAGUACCAGAUGGAAGAGAGAGGAGCAAGGAUGAGGAGUGUCGAGGUUGUAGGAGGAGGAUGCGGACGAGCCGUAUGCAGGCUGACCUCAUUAGACAGCAUGUUAGACUACACUCCAAGAUCCAAUUCCGUUCACGACAGCGAUGACGAUGAACUGGAAAACAAUAGAGGAGGAGCGACAAAUGACACUCCGAGCCGAAUGCCUUUGAUAUGGAGAGGAGAAAGUCGCCCUGGAACCCCACCACCACCUCCAACUCAAGCACAACCACCUUCGACGAGAACCCGAGUGCCAGCUCUUCUCACACUAGCCAUCCUCCUCGGCUACAUCUGCCUGGGUGCCUGGUUAUACGCAGCUUGGGAGAGGCGUACGUACCUUGAAGGGCUUUAUUUCACCUUCACCGCUCUCACAACAAUAGGCCUAAGUGACAUGGUGCCCGGAAGGGGGAUUAAAAGAAUAGAAGGCCAGUUGCAGCUUCUGGCCUUCUGCCUAUACAUAUUCUUCGGCCUCGUCCUAGUUGCAACGGCUUUCGCCCUCGUCCAGGAACAAGUAAUCACAAAGACGAGGCAGAUCGCCAUUUCCCUCGGUGUCGUCAAAAGAGAAGAACUCCCCCUAUGAUACACCGCUCUUACGGCAGUCUAAAGUGUUACUUAAAACAAUUGUCGUUCAAAUAACAUUUUCACCAAUCAAUGGAGUAAUUUUACAUUGCUUCCAAAG